AUGACGCAGUCAUCUGAAGAUGCACCUGAGGUUACAUUUUCGUCGCCUCCUAUACGACAGUCUUCUGUUCCUGCUUCUUCAGCCACACAUGCACCUCGAGUUCCUACGACUACUAUGUUAGAUAUGGAUUCGGAUGACCAGGAUGAUGUUCCUCUAGCUCGAUUGUUGAAGAGGACUUUAAUUCCAGAUGUUUCAGAUAAGCUUCCUAUUAAUCCCCCUCGUUCCAUUCCAACUAACGUUCAACUGGGAUCGUCAGCUCGUUCCCCUCUUUCAUCACCACUUCCAUUUACUUCAAUUGGUGCUCAUGAAUCUGUUCCUAAUGAUGUUCCUGGUGAUAUUUCUAUUGCACCUGUGGCCAGUAAAGAGGAAUUCUCAACAAAGAGGCGUAAUAUAACUACCAAAACUGGUAGGAAGAAGAUUCCUCCAAAUAUUCCUUCUGUCCCCAUUGAUGGAAUAUCCUUUCAUCACGAAGAGAGUGUCCAGCAUUGGAAGUUCGUCGUGCAGCGAAGGAUAGCUGAUGAGUUAAAUGUUUCUGACAAACAUCAAUCCUACAUGAGUAUUAUGCACCUUAUUGAAAGGGUUGGUUUAGCAAAAACUAUUUUGAAUGUCGGUCCAUUUUAUCCCCAGCUUAUUAGAGAGUUUAUAGUUAAUUUUCCUGAUGAAUUUAAUGAUCCAAGUAGCCCAAAUUAUCAAACGGUUCAUAUUCGGGGGUUCACAUUUGUGAUUUCUCCUACUGUGAUUAACGGGUUUUUAGGAAAUGUUAUUGAUGUUGACUGUUCUUCAUCGUCUCCUUCCACUGAUGUUCUGGCUUCUGUCUUAUCUGGUGGGACUUUGUCCACAUGGCCUGUCAAUGGAAUUCAUGCAGUCGCUCUCAGCAUCAAAUAUGUCAUUUUGCAUAAGAUUGGCAUUGCUAAUUGGUUCCCCUCCUCUCAUGCCUUUAGUGUAUCUGCUGCCUUAGGAACAUUUUGUAUCAAAUCUGUGAUGAUAAUAAGGUGGAUACGGGGCAGUCAUGUGCCUGAUAUUGAUCAUGAUGUGCAUCCAUCUCGUGGCCCACGCAUUUUCGAUACUAGUGAUUGGGAUGAGUCUGCUGAAGGUUUCUUUGUUGAUCGUGAGUUAGCUGCCCACAUUGUUAAUGCUCUUACUGCUGAAUCUUAUGCAUUAACUAACUCCAUCAAUAUGUUGUCUGAACGACGGUUGGAGAUUAAUGCUUUCAUUCGAAACUUGAAGACUUUUGCUCCAUCUACUAGUCGUAGAGAGUCAACUACUGAUUGA